AUGUUUUCUAUCAAUCAGAGAAACCAUCUUGAUUUUUGCAAGUGGUUAUGUUAGGUCUGAAAUUUUUUUUAAUCUUGCUUGUAAUAGUACAGCAAUGCCAAUGUUCUGUAGUCGUAUGUAAAUUUGUAUUGGAACAGGAGUGGGACACCGGAUUUUUAGCAAAAGUAGUAAUACCAAUAGCCGAGAGACAUAAUUAUGGGUGGAUUUUAUACAUGAAGUUUGAAAUUCCAGUACGAGAGUUGGACGUCUUUGAAGCCCAACUCGUUGAUGGCCAUCCAAAUAACAAAGAAUAUGUCUUCUCGCACAAGGAUUACAAUUAUGUUAUAUAUCAUUACAAGGACAAGUUAAUGAAUUUAUAUUUGCAAGGCAAUCAAUAUCCUACACAUGAUAGAUCAGUUUACAUCCCUCCUCCUGACGCCGAAGUUUUAUUUAUUCCUCAUCUCACAGCGACAGAGUCCAUACACGAUGCGUUGAAGCGUGCCGAAAACAUGCCAAAACAGACAAGUGAACCUUCGGUAACUACAACCACCACAGCGACUUCGACAACAACUAUUCCACCGACAACAACAACAUUACCACCAACAACAAGGUUACCGUGGUUUGGAUGGAAAACCGACCCAAUAAAUAUUCUUACAACACCUACUGUAUCAUCCACUCUGCCGCCCACAACAAGAAGCACACCUCCUCCUAUAACCAAGAAUUUCAGACACAAUCUGCGUGAAGUAAUCAAGAAAUCAUUAUUAUUCUUUGAAGCACAGAGAUCAGGAAAUCUUCCGAUUACAAACCGAAUAUCAUGGCGAUCUCAUUCAGCAUUGAGAGAUGGUUCUGAUAACGGAGUUGAUCUCACUGGUGGAUACUAUACAGGUGGUGGGCAUGUCAAAUAUGGAUUCCCAUUGGCAUCCGCAAUAUCACUGCUUUCCUGGGGUGCUAUCGAGUUCAAACGGGGAUACGUUGCUGCUAAAGAACUGGGGAAUGUUCUCGUCGCCAUAAAAUGGGGAGCUGACUACCUUCUCAAGUGUCAUACAAGCGUUCAUUCAUUUUAUGGACAGGUUUCGAAUCAAGACGUGGACAACGCGGUUUGGGGGCGACCAGAAGAUAUGCAAGGCGCUCGUCCGUCUUACAAAAUCACGAGAAAUCGACCAGGUUCUGAUCUCGCUGCUGAGACUGCAGCAGCUUUCGCCGCUGCGUCAAUAACUUUAAAAAGGACGAAUCCAAAAUAUUCCGAAGAACUUGCCAAUCAUUCGAUCGCCCUCUUCCGAUUUGCAGAUAGAUAUCGGGGGAAAUAUGACGAUUCAAUAACGGAAGCAAAAUCGAAAUACGGUUCAACGGGAUAUUUUGACGAGCUUGCAUGGGCAGCAGCUUGGCUGUACGGAAUCACAACAGAUACUGAGUAUUUACACAUAGCUAAAAGACGAUUGGCUCAAGCUGGGACAAGUCCACCAAUCAACAGUCUUACAUGGAAUGACAAAAGAAUUGCGGUCAUCAGUCUAUUAGCGCAGAUGACAAACCGAACCGAAUAUAGAGUCAAAUUAUUGGAUUUCUGUGACUCUUCAUUGCCUGGUACCAGAGCAAACUAUACACACAAAGGAUUGCUGUUUCUUUCUAAGAAAGAUACUACGUCACUAGCAAGCAACACUGCAUUCAUUUGCCUUUUUGCUGCUAAUGUUGGUCUCAGACCUGACGUAUACAGAGCGUUUGCACAAAAACAACUCAACUAUAUUCUAGGUGACUCAGGAUCAAGUUUUGUAGUCGGAUACGGGAAAGCUUCUCCAAAACGACCUUAUCACAAAGCAAGCAGUUGCCCAAAAGCACCACAGCGUUGUUCCUGGCUGGAUAGAGAAGCUGAUGCAGCUAAUCCAAAUGAACUCGUUGGCGCUCUCGUCAGUGGUCCUGAUAUAUGGGAUAAUUACGUCGAUGACAGAAAUUUAGAAUCUAAUAAGGUUAGUGUCUAUAAUAACGCCGGAUUUCAAACCUUAGCAGCUGGGAUUCUGCAAAUCCAAGUUUCCUCAGAAACAUUUUCGGAUCCCGAACCAGGAGAGUUAAUGCCAGCAAUUCUUCCCCGGUUUGAUAAACACCACGACUACGGUCAGGUACUCAGAUACUCAAAUAUGUUCUACGAAGCACAGCGAUCAGGAAGAUUACCACCGAGUUCUCGUAUAACAUGGAGAAAGUCAGCUUGCGUGAAUGACAAGAGCAGCGAAAAGCAUGAUUUGAGCGGCGGUUUUUUUGAUGGCGGAGACUAUAUUAAGUUCAACUUCCCUAUGGCAUUUACGACAACUGUGUUGGCCUGGAGUCUUAUCAUGUAUCCACAGUCGUAUGAAAGUGCUGGCGAAAAGAUUGCAAUACAAUCGUUACUACGCUGGUCGACGGAUUACUUCGUGAAAUGCCACACUGAAAAAUAUGAAUUAUACGGCCAGGUUGGUUCCAGCGCCAUUGAACACAGUCAUUGGCUCAGGCCAGAAGACAUCAAUUACAUCCGACCUGCUUUCAAAAUCUCGAAAAGGUUUCCUGGUUCCGAACUUGCCGCAGAAACGGCUGCGGCUAUGGCCGCCACUGCAACUGCCCUGAGAAGUGAAAAUGUGAAGUAUGCCGAUUUACUGAUCAAACAUGCAGAGGAAUUGUAUGAGUUUGCCGACAAAUAUCGUGAUUCCUACCACAGAUCAAUUCCCGAUGCAGCGCAGUUUUACCCAUCAUUCAACGGAUAUAAAGAUGAACUUGUGUGGGCGAGUAUAUGGUUACAUCUGGCAACCAAUAAAACUGCUUACCUGAAAGAAGCGAAGUCUAAAUAUAGACAAUUUCGUUUCAAUCGCUUUCUCCCUAAAGAUUUUGACUGGGACGACAAAACAGCUGCUAUCAAUGUGCUUUUGGCCAAACUAACAGGCGAUACUUUGUAUCUCAACGAGUCAAGGAAGUUUUGUGACCAUAUGCUGUACGAAGGUAAAUACACCCCCAAAGGUUUGCUAUACCGAAGAUCGUGGUCCCCGUUGCAGUUUGCAUCAGGGGCAUCGCUUAUAUGCCUCAUCUCGGCAGAAUUAGGAAUAAGACCGGAGCAGUAUCGAGAAUUUGCAAAAAAUCAAAUCCACUACAUAUUGGGAGAUAGUGGCGUGGGAAGUUACGUGGUUGGGUAUGGUCCAAGCCCACCGAAACGACCGCAUCAUCGCGUCAGUUCUUGCCCUUUGGGUCCGACACCUUGCAAUUUUACAGCCUUGUAUUCCAAAGAAAAAAAUCCUCAGAUACUACAUGGUGCGGUAGUCGGCGGCCCUGAUCACAAGGACCAAUUUGUGGAUGACAGAUCAAAUGCUCGGUCGAAUAAAGUAUGUCUGACAUUCAACGCCGCGUUCCAGGCUACAGUCGCCGGAUUACGAUAUUUGCAAAUGUUUCCACCACCUACGUCAGCUCCCAAAACCACAAUAAGAACUACGCGGCGACCAAGGACACGAAAGGUUAAAAUAAAGUUGUCAACAACAGCUCCCACGACAAUUGCACCCACCACGGUCUCAUUGUUGAACAGAACGGAAAACACCUCUUAUGCUGUUAAUUUUUCCACAAUAGCUACUACUUACGAAGUAAAUCGUACGGCCACGUAUACAAUAGCAACAACCAAUCAAACAUCGGGGGCCACAACGUCUGGCAUUCUGGCAACUGCUGCCUCGAAUACUAAUGUCAGCAGUACAAAUGUGGUGACAAAUACACCGCCAGGAAAAACCACUAUUUUCAUGAGCGAAGGUGUAAAUGAGACUGCCACAACAGAGAACUAUCAUUCACCCGUUUAUGGUGGUAAUUCAUCAGCCACGCUACAAGAGACUCAUUCAACGGCAGCAACAACUAUUGCCCCGUUUGUGACAUCUUCGCAAACGGCACCCCAAAAUACAACGACAGAGAGACCCGACUAUUGUGGAAGACAGCGUGCAUUGCAACUUUUCGAUUCCUGUGCAAUACCGGGUGACGAGUUUUAUGACCAUACGGAUAGUAAAGUAUACAGAUGUCGUUUCAGAGCAUUUACGGCUUGUGUUGGCGUUCAAACAGACAAUUGUAUUGACGGUGUGUGGGAAUAUUUUCCUUACUGGAAUCAUAAUGCGGGCGACAAAGUAUUUUUUAAUACGGAAGAUCAAAAUUGUAAAGACCAAACUACUCUCGACAUUGAAAACUGCGAGCUUCGUGGAUUGAGUCAAAUAUUCGACGAAUGUUUCGAAGGAUUAGAAAACUGGAACACGACAAAGAACUCAGCAGGAGAUUGCAGAUGGGUCAAUUUUGGAACUUGUGUGAGUAAAAGGCUCAGUCACUGCAAAAGAACAUGGAAGAUUUGGAAAUUGUGGAACAUCGGUCUUCCCGUUGAUCAACAGUUUACAGAUUCAGAGAUGGAAUGCAAUUCUGCCGGAAACAACAAAUAUUCUACUUUCCCGCUUGUAUUUUUUCCUGUACUUAUUUCAAGAGUGUUAUUAUGGUAGACCAAUAUGUUUGUAUAUACAUUAUGCAUAAUGUUAUCCACUGUUACCAAAAGAUUGUUCAGAUUAAUAAAUUUGUAUUUAUAUGUCAUA